AUGGGGCCCCCGUUGGAGUCCUUCCGCCUGUCGCCACGCACCAUACAGAUGCUUAAGAAGAAUGACAUUACGCACACGACCGAGGUGCAGGCUGGCACAUUUGAUCUGCUUUUUGAGGGCAAGGAUAUUAUUGCAAAGUCACGCACGGGGACAGGGAAGACGCUCGCUUUUGGGCUUCCGAUCAUGGAACGCCUGGCGAUCAUUCGGAAGGAGCGUGGCGGACCCAAGCCGAGAGGUGAAGGCCCGGGAUGCAUUGUACUCGCGCCGACGCGCGAGCUUGCGAAGCAAGUGUCCAGGGAGAUGUCUCACUUGGGGCAAGGGCUUGGCUUGUCUGUCGAGUGCUUCUAUGGCGGUGUUGGUUACGGGCCGCAGGAGAACGCAUUAAGGAGGGGUGUGGAUGUCGUCGUAGGAACACCGGGAAGGAUCAUGGACCACUUGAACAAGGGCAAUUUAAGGCUCGAUAAUAUCUCGUUUGCCGUUCUUGAUGAAGCAGAUGAGAUGCUUAGUAUGGGUUUUGCACAGGACGUCGAGACGAUAUUUGAGACGCUGCCGCCUGAGAAUGAACGUCAGGUGAUCUUGUUUUCAGCGACAGUGCCACGGUGGGUGAAGAACCUUGCCUCCCAGUUCCAGAAGAAGGACGUUGUGACGUUUGAUGCUGUUACAUCCGGCUCUAUGGCGUCAACGACAGUGCGUCACUGCGCCGUGCGCGUGCCAGAGCGAGAUGAGGCACGAGCGGGACUGCUGGCGGAUGUGAUUGCAGUGCAUAGCCAGGGAAGGUGUGAGGACACAAUCAAGCGUGGACCGAGUCGUGCGAUCGUUUUCACGGAGACCAAACGUGAGGCGGACGAGCUCGCUACGUCUGGGUCACUGGAUGGAUGUGGAGCGGCAGUUUUACACGGAGAUGUCUCACAAAAGCAGAGAGAAGUGACGCUGAGCCAGUUUAGGCAGGGACAGUUUCAGGUGCUGGUGGCGACAGACGUGGCGGCUCGUGGGCUGGAUAUCUCCGGUGUGGACGUUGUGAUUCAGUAUCGCGUCCCGAAUGAUGCGGAAAGCUACAUUCAUCGUGCGGGGCGUACCGGGCGUGCUGGGAAGUCUGGGACUGCUGUAGUGAUGUACUCCGACCGUGAAAGUCGUAACCUUCGCAAUCUCGAGCGCGAAUGCAGGAUCCGGUUUGACAUGGAAGUGGCGCCAGCUCCGGAAACGGCAUUGGAAGCGGCCGUGAACGUUGCGCUCGACAACAUAUCUGGAGUAGAUGAGCGCGUGAUCAAGCAUCUACUGCCUCGAGCAGAAGAAAUGCUUGCAUCUGGCGCUGAGGAUACGGCGGAGAAGCUGGCGGCGAUUCUGGCGAUUGCUGGGCGACGGACUCGACUCGAAGACCGAAGCAUCCUAAGUGGGGAGAAGGGUAUGCGGACUGUUGUGGUGUCUGGGGAACGGGAAAUCUCGCCUGGGUUGGCGAUGAGGUUCAUCUCGGACCUAGCGCGAGCGGCGGAGACGGAGAGCCGUGUGGGCCUGAUCCGGAUGUGCAGGGAUGGAAGCGCGGUGGUUGACGUAAUUUCCGACGCGGCACUAGGGCUGGUGGGAGCGAGUGAGAAACUCGGGGAGGAUGCGGAGAUUAAGUUGCGUGUGGCGUCCGGGGUGCCGCAGUUGAAGGAGAUUGAGAGAAGGGGCGGUGGAAGGUUUGACCGAAGGGGUGGCGGUGGCCGGUCCGGCGGAGGCGGCGGGCGGUAUGAUCGAAACGGCGGUGCUAGAAGAGGGUCUUACAGGAGUGACAGUCGUGACAGUCGUGGUGGUGGAGGUGGAGGUGGAUAUGGAAGGAGAGACGGCGGUGGAGGUGGAUAUCAGCGACGAGAGAGCGGGUAUGGAAGAAGAGAUGGCGGGUAUAGUGGCGGCAGGAGGGAUAGUGGAGGGUACGGGGGAGGGCAGGGAGGAGGAGGGUAUAGUGGCGGUGGCGGCGGCGGUGGGUACCAGGGGCGGGGCAGAAAUUCUGGGGGCGCGAGGAGAAGCGCCGACUUUUUGAGCGACGACUUCUAG